AGUUGACUUGAUUGAAGCUUCAAGUGAUCGCAUAUACGAUCUAUAUAUCUUUAACGCUUCUAGUCACCUUUGGACUUAUUGUGAGUCUGAAAUAUUAUUCCGUUUACAUGACGAGGCUAAUCGAGUCUCUCGAGCAAUGUUCUUCGAUUCUUAUCCCACGUGUUGUUUAUAUACGUUUUACAAUUUAUUUACGCUCGGAGACGAGGCAUGAUUUUGACAGUCCGAAUGUUAAUCGACAUCGGGAGUACCGUGAUGCAUGCCUCCGACCUUAAGUCGGUCGCUCGGACAUUCCUCGGAGGGAAGCGAAGAUGGUGCACGGCGAGGAGGAGGAGGAGGGACGACGAAAGAGGCGGCGAGGAAGAGUCGUGGCCCAUUUCUUUUAGAAGGGAAACGAUGAUUACAGUUAAGCCGUUAUACCUCCGCGUACGUCUCGGUCGCUCGCUCAGUUUUCUGUGGAGCGGCAUUCCUGACCGGCGUCUCACGUCACAGCUGGAAAUCCUCGUGAGAAACCUGCACCUCGGUGUAGCGGCUGUGUGGCAACCAGCUUCUCGCUGUCCUCGCCUCGCCUCGCCUUGCACACGCCACGGCCAACCCUUUUACGGCACUUUUCUCACCGGAGACACCGGAGACGUCGAGGAGGAGCGAAGACUGGAGCAGUUAAAGAGGGCGACGGACAGAAUACAAAGGGAAAUCGAAGAAGUUACCGAGAGGGAGCACGAGCUGCGGAACGUGGGCAGCAUUAAAACCACAUCCCACGAGACGGUAGACUGCAAGGUGCGCCGUAUGCCACAGGCCCUGGCCUCGGGCAAACUGAAGAGGACAACGUCCACGCCGCAGAUACUGGAGGCAGUCAGCCCGACGUCGCUGUCGCCAAACUUGACGCCAAAGAUGACGAACGGUGUGAUAUCUACGCGCACCACGCCGACGCCGCUGCGCUUCGCGACCACGCCGAGCCAGAGGGGUCUGAUGCACAGGUUCCUGGCCACGCGGGGAAAAAUCUACAAGAGCAAGUCGCCGAACAACGACAGCUUGAGCUCCCCCGUAACGCCCAACAUCACGCUCAAUCCUCUGAGUAUCAAGGCCUUCAACAGAACGCUGGAGAUACCAUUGGAGCCGGACGACGAGCCAAAGAAGCCGUUAACGAGGAAAGGAUACGUUCCUGUCGAGCAGAAGAUUCAAAAGGAGCUACAUGACAUGAGAGAACGAGAGAACGAAUUAAGAUUGAUGAGAUCGCAGAUGUUGGCAAAGUCGCAGCCGAAUCUACUUGAUAUAGGAAACGAUAAUGAUUCCGACAUUUACGACGGCUCGAGCUCUCUCAGAAGCGGCGCUUCCACUAACACUUUGAACGAGGACGAAAUCGAGAGAGAACACAAGGGAAAGCACAAGCCUAGUCCACGACGUCGUAACACGCUCAUCGCGCAAUGGGAAAAUCUGAUAGCUGCCAAGAGAGAAUCUAUCGAGAAUAACAACGAGAAAGACAGCUUCUGAAAGUUCUACAGCUGCUUUGCAGAUAGCAACGCUGUCUUUGACUUUAUCCUAUCGGUAUUCUAUCUAAACGAUCGAUUGUAAAUUAGUGAUAUUUAAUAUUAAAAUAUAACAGUUAGCAAUUAACUGUUUCUACUGUAACAAGAGCGUUGCUCCGUCUUUCUUGAAGCACAUCUUAAACGGAUAUUUUCUUGUUUUUUUUUAUCUUGUUUUAUAUAGUUUAUUUACGAAUGAACAAUUUUUUUUUAAUAUACUUGUUUGAAUAUUUAUGCGUUAAUUAGAGUUUAUACCGUGUCGCGGCUGCGUGUUUUUUCAGUAUUAAGUUGCUGGCUAAAUGUCAUUAAAACGCAACUGCUUGUGAAAUUGAAGAAUCUUAAGAAAGUAUAGGGCACACAUUUUUGUUUCAUCGUUAUUGAUGGAUUGGAUGACAUGAAUAAAAUAUGUAAAAUAUUUUCACUCGCGAGCGACUGAAAUUUUUGUACGUUAAUCGCGUACGUUAAUCAUAUUAAUGUAACUUUGCGGGUGUAAAGUGCUUAAUAUUAUAAUCGUUAGCUCAUUCGAUUAGGACAUGUGUAUAGUAUUACAUAUAUGUGUAUUAAAUAAUAAUUAGUCGUAAAGAUGGUUAAGAGAUUCGACGGAUAUCUGCAUGUGAAAAAUUCAGUUGUAAUAAUAAUAUCGAAUAAUAUUAUAUUGAAUCGA